AUGUCUACUCCUCAAGACGAAAAGAUGACCGCUGCUGGCGCCAACACCGUGUCCUCUUCGCAGGACGCCGGUGACAAUGUCUCUCCUCCCGCUCGAGACCGCCCCGCUGCUUCUCAGGUCUCUCAGACCAAUCCCAAUGAUCCCAUCGGCAAUCCCGAUCCCAUCCCCCUUGGCUAUAGCCUCGACUCAGACGCCCCACCCGGCACCUACGAUCACCUGGACAUGGAUCCCGGUAUCAACCUUGAUGAGAACAUGGAGAACAUGUUCAAGGACUCCUACGAAGAAAUGCUCGGCCACUUCGGGCAAGGCAAUGAUGAAGCCGCCGAGGCCAUCGCUGCUGAAUUGCUCCUCUGGAGUAAUUUGCCCGUGCUCUAUCGAGCUUACGCACACAUUGUGCUUGCGUACGGUCCCGUCAAUGGACUCAGCCAUGCCCGCAAGGCCGUCGAAGAUGCCCGCCGGGGUCUCGAGAACUUCGGCGACCGAUCUGUUGGCGAGAAGCUGCUCGCCAUCGCCGAGGAGACAUUGCAGGAUGUUACAGAACAGCUGGAAGUCAAUGAAGCGCAGACAGCCACUGCCGAUGAAGAGGAGGCCGAAUAA